AUGGUUGCUGUUACUGCAGGCCCCGAUGCACCGGGCGUCGAGACUGUCACGUUUACAGCUCCCCUUUCUCAAGCGUUUGGUUAUGGUAUUAUCAUUGGGUUAGGGUUUGCUUUCGCUCUGGUGAUGAUCUUCAUCACCUGGGCUCUCAAGAGAUACCAGCAUGAAGUUAUAACAUCUGAGAUGUUCUCCACCGCCGGUCGAAGCGUCAAGUCGGGGUUGGUAGCCUCAGCGGUUGUGAGUAGUUGGACUUGGGCUGCUACCCUUCUGCAAUCGUCCGCCGUGGCCUACCAGUACGGUACUUCUGGGCCUUUCUUCUAUGCAUCGGGCGCAACUGUCCAGAUUAUCUUGUUUGCAACGCUCGCCAUCGAGCUCAAGAGACGUGCACCCAACGCACAUACCUUCCUGGAAGCUAUCCGCGCUCGCUACGGUACCACGGUGCAUGCAGUCUUUAUCAUUUUUUGCUUGAUGACCAACAUCCUCGUUACUGCCAUGUUGCUUACCGGUGGUGCUGCGGUUCUGAACACCAUGACUGGUGUCCCAGUGGUUGCUGCCUGCUUCCUGCUACCGAUUGGCGUGGUGCUUUAUACACUUUUUGGUGGUAUCAAGGCCACUUUCAUUACUGACUACAUGCACACGGUUGUCAUCGUCGUCAUCAUCUUCAUAUUCUCAUUCUCCGCGUACGCCACCAGUGACAGACUCGGCUCUCCUGGAAAGGUGUACGACUUGCUGGUCCAGGCUGCGCAGCGCAACCCCGUCGAGGGAAAUGCCGAAGGAAGUUACUUGACUAUGAGGUCCAAGAACGGCGGCAUUUUCUGGGUUAUCAACCUCGUUGGAAACUUUGGCACCGUCUUCCUAGACAACGGAUACUACAACAAAGCUAUUGCGGCGCAUCCAGUCCACGCUUUCCCCGGGUAUGUCAUCGGCGGCCUCUGCUGGUUCGCAAUCCCCUGGCUUUGCGCAACAACAAUGGGCCUAUCCGCCCUCGCCCUUGAAGGUACCCGCCGCAUCGCCUCAGUAGACGUAACCGCAGGCCUCGUGCUCCCCUUUGCCUCUGUCGAACUCCUAGGCUACAGCGGCGCGGUCUGCACAACCCUCAUGAUCUUCAUGGCCGUCACAUCCGCCUUCUCUGCGCAGCUCAUCGCCGUCUCCUCAAUCCUCACCUACGACAUCUACCAAGCCUACCUCAACCCCUCCGCAAAGGGCAAGCGCCUCGUCUGGAUCUCCCAUCUCUCCUGCAUCGUCUUCGCAAUCAUCAUGGCCGCCUUUGCCACAGGCCUCCACUAUGCCGGCAUCGGCAUGGGCUACCUCUACCUCCUCAUGGGGGUCAUAAUCUCCUCCGCCGUUUUCCCAGGCGCCAUGACCCUCGUCUGGAAAGGCCAGAACUGGAUCGCUGCCGCCGCAUCACCGGUCCUUGGCCUCGCAAUGUCCCUAAUCGCAUGGCUCGUCACAACAAAAACACAGUAUGGUGUCUUCACUGUGGAAUCCACCGGCGCGAACUACCCAAUGCUCGCGGGAAAUGUCGCUGCCCUCCUCAGCCCUGUCGUUUUCUCCCCAGUUAUUACGUACCUUUUCGGACCCCAGAACUACGACUACGAGUCCAUGCGCGCAAUCCGCAAAGUCGACGACUCGGACGUCGCGGCCGCCGCACACAUCGACCUAGAACUCGUCCCCGGCGAGAAUCCAUCACCGAGACAAGAGGAAGAAGAAGAGGAGGAAACCAAGAAACUCAACAAGGCGGCCUUUAUGUCCCGCGGGCUAACCAUCGGCAUGGUCAUCUGCUUCCUCCUCCUCUGGCCGAUCCCAAUGUAUGGCUCGGGUUAUGUCUUCAGCAGGAAGUUCUUCACGGGGUGGAUUGUUGUGGGUAUUAUUUGGCUGUUUGGGACUGCAUUUGGGGUUAUCAUUUUCCCGUUGUGGGAGGGGAGGGAGAGUAUUGUGCGCACUGCGAGGCUUAUGGCUCUUGAUGCGAUGGGGAGGAAGAGGGCUGCGUUGGAGGGAAGGAGUGGGAGUGAGGUUGAGGUUGAGGAGAGUACACCGUCGGGAGUUGCUACGCCGACUGAGAAAGUCGUUGUUAAACGGGACGCUGAUUGA